UUGUUUCCGAGGCACAUUCGCGCCCAGACCGUCGGCCGCGAUGGGCGUUCCCCAAGUCGCUACGACCGCUUCACCCGCCGAGCAAGGGCUCGAGCGACCGCGCCGUCCCCACCUGUUGAUCGUCGACGAUUCCAGGGAAGCUAGAGCUGUUGAAGGCGUGUGGCCAGCUGAAAGUUUAGAAGGACCUGCAACUGUCCGUGGUAGCUCAGUAGACUACGCCGCGGCACUGCUACUUGCUGCAAUGGCCGCCGUACUUCUAGCUGCUGUGGGCUACCAAUGCGCUGCCACCUGGAGGUGGAUUAUGGGCAGAUCACUUUGGUGUAGGACACGUCGGGAUUCGGAGGAGAGUAACUGCGACUCCCUCUCUCGCCAAGCUGCCAUCCGCAUCAGUCAUUCUCUACCUGACCUCCAGACUGAACCUCUGAAGCAAGAGUACGUUCAGGAGCAUAAGGAUCCUGCUAAGAAGGUUCUUCGUCAGACAACCCUGCCAAUAGUUCCAACGCGUCACCAGACCUUCCAGCGCCAGCUGUCCCAUCGACUCGACCUGCCUUCGAUCCAGUUCAGCAUUUGCAGCUUGGAGCGAGCUGACUCUUCGAUUGGACUUAUUAAGCCGGAAUUGUACAAGAACGAGCUAGUUCGCCAGUCGUCCACUGAGAGCGCUGAGCUGGAAUUCUGUGGCAAGCUGCAUUUUGCACUCAAAUACGACCAGGAAGUCGAGGCUCUUGUUGUCAAGAUAUUCGAAGCUCGUGAUCUCCCCAUCAAGGACGUGACGGGCAGCAGUGACCCUUACAUCAAGGUCUUCCUACUCCCUGACCGCAAGAAGAAGUUCCAGACCAAGGUUCAUCGCAAGAACUUGAACCCUGUGUUCAAUGAGACUUUCUUGUUCAGCGUUCCAUACGAAGAGCUUCGUCAGCGCUACAUCCAGUUUUCAGUGUAUGACUUCGAUCGCUUCAGCCGACAUGAUCUGAUCGGUCACGUUGUCCUCAAGGGUCUGCUGGAGUCUGCUGACCUUCACCAGGAGAUUGAGUAUACCAUGAAUAUCCUGGCUGCUCCACAGGAGAAGAAAGACCUUGGCGAGCUGAUGCUCUCGCUGUGCUACCUGCCGACUGCGGGCCGACUGACUGUGACCGUCAUCAAGGCUAGGAACCUGAAGGCUAUGGACAUCAAUGGAUCCUCAGAUCCCUACGUCAAGAUCUGCCUGAUAUGCCAGGGUAAGCGCAUCAAGAAGAAGAAGACGACGGUUAAGAAGAAUACUCUGUCACCAGUAUAUAAUGAGGCCCUGGUCUUCGAUCUUCCAGCAGAAAACGUUUAUGACGUCACCUUGCUGGUCAAAGUCAUUGAUUAUGACAGAAUUGGCCCCAAUGAGCUGAUUGGCUGCUCUGCAAUUGGAUCCACCUUGAUUGGCAUCGGCCGCGACCAUUGGCUGCAGAUGCUGGACAACCCUCGCAAACCAGUGGCUCAGUGGUACCCUCUGAACAAAAGCCCUCCUGCUAACAUCACGAUACCCAGUAACGAUGCCCAGAAUUCUGGACUAAGCUGCUUGAAUGGAAGAUGAAGAGAUGGAAGACAAAGGACUGAAGAUUAUCACCAUCAAUUAACGGUGUCGACUCUGAUGACGUCACUUAGCAGGUAUACUCGCGAUGCCAAAACGUCUUAUACUCGUAGUAAGUUAAUGUGAUUAUUAAUUAAACGGUUGUAUGUCCAUUUACCGUAGAAAAGAAAUGAAUCAAAAAUCAAUGUUAAGUGAUAUUGAAACGUAGCGAAAGUAUAUGUUAAAGCGAUUAUGUACGUAGAAAUAGAUAUAUGUUGAUGUAGAAGAAAAUGAAUUUAUCCAAUAGAAGUUCUAAUUGUUUAUAGAUCGAAUAUUAUUUGUUUGUAGUAAGUAGUUUUGGUAUAAUCCAAUGUUCCCAUAUCAUUCUCAUACAUUUCCUAUAUCUGUACUUUACUAACCAUGUAUUUUAUCAAGGCUAUAUACAAUGUUACUUCUAUUUAUACCUUGGAAUACGCACACUUCAAAUUCAAGACUUAUCACACAUGUACAUAUUAUAUACUUAUUAAUGUUGUAUAGUUGUUGUCUUUAACGAUACGCGUAUUUUAACCUGUCGUCAUAUCUCGUAAUAUCUGAUAUGUUAAUCUGAAUUCAAAGUAUAUAUUCAGCAGAGUUGAAAUUUCUUUAAACAAUGAAUGUUACAAACAUUCUUUUGUCGGACAAUAAUGUAGUUGGAAAUAAAUAUAAUAUGAAUAUAUAUGCGACAAACUAAAACUAUCUUUUUCAGAGUAACAGCACAAUAUA